AUACAUCAAAUAAACAUAGCAGUAGAACGUUGUAAGAAUAUUUGAUAAUAAUAAAAACGCCACCUAUUUUAGAAUAUAAUAUAUUAUAUCAAUUUUAUGUUCUUUUGAUGUUGAUAGCAAUCCAAAAAUAUAUUAAAUUAUUAUGUACUCCGCCAUAGAUAUGGGUUUUAUUUUUAAUUUAUAAAUAGCGGCUGAAAAUAGUUUUAUUAUUAUAAAUUAUCAACAAUACCCAGAAAAACCACCGAUAACCGUCGUCACUCGUGACUCGUCAGUCGUACGUUAAUUAUUAUUUUUCUACAGCAGAUAUAACAGUAAAUGUGUUUUUUUGAUUGUGGACGAAUGUUCACAUUUCUCGUGACUCUUGUUUUCUACUUGCAAUAGUACGACAAUACAGCAGUAGAUACAUGAUACAUGUAUCACGUAUCCAGCUGAUUAGUAUCCUGUCAUCGUUUUUAGAUCGUUUUAAGACUUAAAGUGUAUCAUGGCAACUAGAAAGAUUAAAGUUAGUUGGGUUAUUGUGGUAUUUGUGGAUUCGAAGGAUUACAGUGUAGUACCAACAAAGUGGCUAGUUCAAAAUGACACAAAUAAUCUAGAAAAUAGUAAUGUAAGGUUAUGUAAAUGGCCACUUGGUCGAGUAACCAGUACUGACAUUCAUGACGCCCUAGAUCCAGAUCCAACUUGGUUUGAGUAUGGUAUUAAAAUAGUUGGUGGCAAUAAAACAUAUGAUAAUUUUAAAAAAGCUUGGCAUGUAAGAGUUGAAAAAGAAUCGGAAAAUGAGGAGGUUCAUUUGAUGACCAAAUGUAAACGUGCAUCAACGAUAUUUGAUGUAUCAAGCAGUAGCAGUGAUGAAGAUCAUUCUGGGUACUGUAUAAUACCUGAAUCUACUUCUGCAUUUAAGUUGCCCAAUAAUGAAGAGCCUGUACACUAUACAGAACUACAACCAGUGAAUAGUCCACCCUUACUGAAACCAUGCACAAUGCAACCAAAUGAAACAUUCCCAUCAUUAUUAUCACAUCAAAUGAGUAAGCAAUCAUCUUCAGUGGGUCAACUACCAUGCGUUCAAUCAAGUUCAGUUUACCAACCACCUCAAGAUGAACAAUAUACAAGUGCACAGAAUACACAGCAAUUAUAUACCACUCCAAACACCAAUACUUACGGGUUUUAUGAAGAUAAAUUAGAUACAUUAAACAAUAAUAUCUUACAAGGUCAAACUGCUACAAAUUUGAUGUUGAAUCGCAUAUUUGCAAAAAUUGAAGUAAUAGAAGCCAAUUUAAAAAAUACUUCUCAAAGCAUUGUUCCAACUGUGUACAUUGAUCCAAUUUUUUUGAGUUACUUUCCUCUUAAAAAUGCAGAUGAGUUAUUAUCAAUUGAAAAUCUUAUAAAAAAUGAAACUGAGUUUGUUCUCAAACUGGAAUCGUUUAUAAAAAGCAUAGGUGGUAAUUGUGCUGCAAAUCAUAUUAAAAGAGUCAUGAGCAAAUUGUUCACUGAUGAAUACUGUAUAUAUAUUUCAUGGACUGGACGUGGGUGGGCGAAGAAUAUGACUAAAUUAAAAGAAACUGAACUUAUCAAAAUAGUGAAAAAGGUUAUCCAACAAUGUUCUUCGACGCUAUUUAAUGACUCACAGUUUGAAAAAGAAAUAACUGAAAGACUUAGAACUGCAAACACCAGAUUUAAAAACCAAAUGCCAGAAAUUAGGAUCAAUAUCUUCUAGACAUUUCAGAAGAAUUGUAAAGUCGGCAAAGGAAAAAUGUAUUGCGUCUAAAACACCAUUACUGCGAACCAGUUUAAUAGCAUCGGUAGUAAAUAUAAAUUCCAUUGAUACAACUGAAACAAUAUUACCAUCUAUAAAUGCUGCAGUUCC